AUAUUUUAUUUUAAUUAUGCAAUACAAGAAAGUUACUCACGUUCUCUUCGAUUUGGAUGGUCUUCUGAUUGAUUCAGAAAAACUAUAUACAGAGGCAUUUGAAACAGUAUGUGCUAAAUACGGAAAAACUUUCACGUGGAUGUUAAAAGCUAGCUUAUUAGGGUUUCAAGGCUAUGAAUGUGCUGAUAAAAUCAUUAAGGAAUUAUCUCUACCACUGACGAGAGAAGAGUUCAUGAGCGAGUGUCAAACAAUAUACGAAAAAGUAUUUAAGAACGUGGAAUUAAUGCCAGGAGCCCAAAAGUUAGUUGAGCAUCUCUACAAUAAAGGAGUGCCAAUAGCAAUAGCUACUAGUUCAAGUCAAGAAAGUGUUGAUAUGAAAAUGCAGAAUCAUAAAUCAUUUUUAAACUAUUUUCAUCAUAUCACAAUGGGCUCAUCGGAUCCUGAUGUAACUAAAGGCAAACCUGACCCAGCUAUCUUUUUAGUCUGCGCAUCUAGGUUUCCCGAUAAACCUGCACCUGAGAGUUGUUUAGUUUUUGAAGAUGCAGUAAAUGGUGUUAAAGCAGCAUGUGCAGCUAACAUGCAAGUUGUUGCCAUACCUGAUCCACGGAUUGACAAAGAACAACUGAAGAUAUCAACACUAGUACUAAACUCUUUAGAAGAAUUUCAACCUGAACUAUUUGGUCUUCCAAGUUAUGCUUAGUAAAAUAGUAAUUUAUCUAGUAAAAUAGCUUGUCAGCCUAAUUUUGAGUUCAUAACUUUAAAAAAAUUGUAACUUUUAUAAGCUAUCAGGUAUACUUGAAAAUGAAACUGUUCAUUCAGCCUUUUGAUCAUAUAAAAUUAUGAAUUCGGAUAGCUGCUGAAAAUUUGUUACUUAAUCAAGUAUUAUGUUAGGAUAAGCUGUUUUUUAAAUGUAAAUAUGUAGUUAUACCAUGUAGGUAUACAUUUUUAUGGUGUAUUUUUAUUUAUAUUGUUAUUAAACUGGCAGGUAAUAUAAUUACAAAAUUUAGUUAAUUUUAUUAACUGGUUAUGCCAUAUACCCAGACAUUAUAUAAAAGUAUUGUUACUUUUUAA